AUACAUAUCUGUGUCGCUGAGCAUUGUUUGGUUGAGGACUACUGACCAGUUUCCUUCCCUGAACUGCUCAUCUGGAGGCACCUGGACCCGGCCCUGGAAGCUUCCUUCCACACUGAAGAAUGGAGGAGAGCAGUGAGGAGUCACUGGCUUUCUCCGUCAGGGUCUUCACUCUGCAGGAGGAGGCGAGAUCGGAGGAGGCCCACAUGGAGACACACGCGGAGGAGGAGCAGAUUCAGAUGGAGGUGAUCAGAGAGCAGCAUGUCCAUGUGUUCAGACAGAAAGCCGAACAGGAACUCACUGUGCUCCUCACCAACGGACUGGAGGCUCAGCAGCUCACUGUGCAGGACGCCAACAGAGUAUCAGUUUUCCAGUUUACUGUUUGUAAGGAGAUGGAUUGCUGUCAGGUCGGAGGUCAGUCCUUCCUGCUUACCAUCGGCAAGCUGAGCCUUCUGCUGCAAUUCAAAACUGCAACUGAUAUGAAGAACUUCCAGAGGUUACUGAAGAGAGGAGGUGUUGAAGACAGUAAGAUAAGUAGCAGAGAAGGAGACAAGAGAGGAAAUGAGGAUGCAGAUGGAGUUCAAACAGCUUCUAGGAGACACCCCACAAUGUUUGAAACAAGGACUGAAAAUGCCCCGACACAGUGCUACCAGUUCCACAGCUGUCUGAGCCUGCAGCAGAGUCUACUUCAGGACUACCUGAGGACCGCCACCUAUCAGAAAGCCAUUUUAGCCAAUGAUGCUGACUUCAGGGACAAGGUGGUUCUGGAUGUGUGCUGUGGUUCUGGUAUUCUGUCUUUCUUCGCAGCCCAGGCAGGAGCUUCCAAAGUGUAUGCAGUCGAUUCCAGCCCAAUGGCCAAGUACACGAAGAUCCUGGUCCAGAGCAACCAUCUCUCUGAGCGGAUCAUGGUCCUGGAGGGGGAGGUUCGUCAGGUCAACUGUCCUGACAUGGUGGACGUCAUCGUCUCGGAGCCGAUGGGCUACAUGUUGCUCAAUGAGAGGCUCAUGAGGAACUUCCUGUAUGCCAGGAAAUGGCUCAAACCCAAUGGUCUGAUGUUUCCCUCCUAUGGUGAUAUCCAUCUGGCUCCCUUCACUGACGAGCAGCUCUACUUUGAACACUACGCUCAAGCCAGUUUCUGGCAGCAGAGAAGCUUCUACGGUGUGAGCCUCAGUGCUCUUCACAGCGCUGCAGUAGAUGAGUUUUUCAGGCAGCCGAUAGUGGACACAUUUGAUGUGCACAUCCUGAUGGCCAGGUCUGUGAAACAUUGCAUCAACUUCAUGGAGGUUAAAGAAGAGGAUUUACACAGAGUGGAGAUUCCCUUUGUGUUUACUCUGCUCCAGUCUGGUCUGGUCCAUGGAUUCGCCUUCUGGUUUGAUGUGGCUUAUCGGGGGUCCAAAUCCACAGUGUGGUUCUCCACAGCUCCCACUGAGCCUCUAACCCGCUGGGCUCAGAUCAGGUGUUUGCUUCAGACGCCUCUGUUCGCUAAGUUGGGACAAACUCUUUCUGGGACAGUGCUGCUGGCUGCUAACAACAGACAGAGCUACGACAUCCACAUUACGGCCACAGUCGACCAGUCGGGCUUCAGAUCUGGAAACGUCCUGGACCUCAAGAACCCUUUUUUCAGGAUUCCAUCUUGGUGCCAAAACUAGAGACUUGAGAGCUGCAGGUCCAGAGCAGGAGGCCUUUCACCUCCAGGAUGCAGAGAACAACAUCAGGAAUCACCCGAUGUCAAAUCUCCACACAGCUGAGCUCUGACUCUUGUUCUUAUAAACAUUUUGUCAACAAACUUCAACGCUGAAUGUAAAGUCAAGAAAAAAAGGAGGAGUUGUUUUUCUUAGACUUUUUAAAGGUGAUAUAUUCGUCCACAGACUGUGAUAAAAACUUGCAUUUCACAUUCAAGCACCAGCAUU